AUGACUGGCAGUCCACCAAGUCACCCGGCGGCUGUCAUAGACCUUGUACCAGCAAGUUUGCCUUUGGGUGAUGAAUGCAGUACCUUGAAAGACGAGACCGACGAUUGGGAGCAGCUCAGCGACGGGGAGCCGCUCAGCGACUGGGAGCAGCUCAGCGACUCGGAGCAGGUCAGAGACUCGGAGCAGGUCGAGGUCACCGAAGUCCAAACUACCAAACUGUAUCCAUCACACCCAACCCCAGUGGAAAGUUUGCGUUCAAUCUUGUGUAAGCCCAACGACGGAGACUACUCCAGCUCUCUGGGUAAAUACACUAUCCAAGCUGCACAGAUUUUAAGUAGUCAAAUUCAAGGAGUCCUGGACACUUGGUCAACAUUUGAAAUGGCUCCCAACCCGGUCCUGCAGAUCGAGGCCCUCCUGUCUAUGUACACACUUCUGCCUUCAGAGAAGCCCGAAAACAAAGUCAUGGUAGUAUCCCGUCCACGUAACCGUCCCAGAGACCAGGUAGCUCUUGGAGAGGUCAAGGACUCCAUUCUUGAGGAACUGAGGUCCGCUGAACCUGCAAAACAGCAACAGUUAACCAAUAAUACACAUGAGGCUAAGGUAGCCCAAAGAGUAGAAGCGGCAAUGGGUAAGAGCAUUCUCUCUCUAUACACAUGUAUGGACCCACAUGGUAGUUGGAUAGGGAACAUGACCGGAAACGGGACCAUCAGAUUGUUUUCCUGGGGUAGCAUGUCCUUCUACCUCCGUGAUUUCUGUCAGAAACCCUGA